AUGGCAUCAAAAGAACAAGCAGGGAAGCUAGAGUGGAGGAUAAGUGUUGACAAUGGGACAACUGAGAGAUUGGUUCCGACAUCAGGACCUAGUAAAAGGAUCUUUCUUUGGCUAAAGGGUUUAGUAGUGAAGGUAAUCGUGGAGCAAAACGCAAAGUCUAUGAGGAACUUUUGGAAGAUAGGGGCAGAUGAUCCAGCGAAAAUUGUUCACUGUUUGAAAGUAGGACUUGCACUUUCAUUAGUCUCAAUCUUCUAUUACAUGAGACCUUUGUAUGAUGGAGUUGGAGGGAAUGCUAUGUGGGCUAUCAUGACUGUUGUAGUCGUCUUCGAGUCCAAUGUUGGAGCAACAUUCUCCAAAUGUGUGAACAGAGUGGUGGCGACUAUACUAGCUGGAUCAUUGGGCAUUGGUGUUCAUUGGGUUGCAAUUCAAUCAGGAAAGGCUGAGAUUUUCGUGACUGCAUGCUCUGUUUUUCUCUUUGCUUUUGCAGCUACUUACUCGCGGUUUGUCCCGUCAUUCAAAGCCAGAUUCGACUAUGGAGCAAUGAUCUUUAUCCUCACAUUUAGCCUUGUCUCAGUAGGCGGUUACCGAGUAGAUAAGGUGGUUGAUAUGGCUCAGCAAAGAGCAUCAACUAUUGCAAUAGGAACAUCUAUCUGCAUUAUCAUUACUGUCUUCUUAUGUCCCAUCUGGGCAGGAUCUCAGCUUCACCGCCUUGUCCAACUUAACUUUGUAAAACUUGCAGAUUCAUUAGACGGCUGCCUAGCAGUUUACUUCAGUGAGAAUGAAGAUGAAGAAACUAACAUGAAGUUGCAAGGAUUUAAAUGUGUACUUAACUCUAAGGGAACAGAGGAAGCCAUGGCGAAUCUAGCUAGAUGGGAACCUGCUCAUGGAAGCUUUAACUUCCGGCAUCCAUGGCAACAAUAUGUAAAGAUAGGAGCUGCUAUGAGGAGAUGUGCUUAUUGCCUUGAGAAUCUUAGUAUCUGCAUGAAUAUUGAAACAGAGGCACCGGACCAGGUUAAGAAGCACUUCGGAGAAGCUUGUAUGAAACUGAGCUUAGCUGCUUCAAAAAUCUUGAGAGAAUUAGCGGAUAUGAUCAAGAACACGAGAAAAUCUUCCAAGAUGGAUUACCUGGUGUUUGAUAUGAACUCAGCAGUACAAGAGCUUCAAGAAACCUUAAAAACUGUUCCCAUAGAAACCAAUAAACCUGAAGAAGAUGUUAAAUCUGAAGAGGACAACAAAGGAGACAGUAUCAUGCUGAUGGGCCUACAUGAAGUCCUUCCAGUUGCCACUUUGGUUUUGUUGUUAAUCGAAAACGCAGCUAGAAUUCAAACAACCGUCGAAGCAGUGGAUGAACUGGCAAAUCUUGCAGAUUUCAAACAAGAUUCAAAAAAGAAAGCAGUAGGCAACAACGCUAAAUAA